UUAAAUGUGAGGAAAUAAGGCCAGACAAAGACAAGACAGGAAGAAGAAGAAGAAGAAGAAGAGGAGGAGGAGGAGGUAGAGUAGAGAGGUAGAGGUGAAGCAACAAUCUCCAACUAGUCCAAUGUCUAGAAUAAUAAUAUAGAUAGAUAGAUAUCUUCGCUUUCAGCAUUGCCUUUUUUACUUCCCGUAAAAGGAUCCCAAGCUCAAUUCAUCCUCUAUUCCCGACUCAAAUCGCUUCUUCUUCUCCAGCCGGUUGCUUGUUUUAGAUAUUUCUUCUUACCAACCAACCAGGUGAGGAGGGGAGAAGACAAUUCGAAGAACAUGAGGGAAAGGCUCGGAGUACUGGCUUUUGUUUGGCUUGUUCUCUGUGGGUCUUCUUUGGCACGGUUUAUAGUGGAGAAGAACAGUUUGAAAGUGACAUCGCCAGACUCCAUAAAAGGUGUUCAUGAAUGUGCAAUUGGGAAUUUUGGUGUUCCUCAAUAUGGAGGAACAAUGGUUGGGUCUGUGUUCUAUCCCAAAUCGAAUCACAAGGCAUGCGAGAGUUUUCACGACGUUGAUGUCCCCUUGAAGAAUAAGCCUGGGGGCAUUCCAAUCUUCCUUCUUACCGACCGUGGGGAGUGCUAUUUUACAUUGAAGGCAUGGAAUGCUCAGAAUGGUGGAGCAGCAGCUAUUCUGGUGGCAGAUGACAGGGAUGAGCCUCUUAUUACCAUGGAUACUCCAGAGGACCAUGAUAUAAAGGAAGAAUAUAUGCAGAACAUAACCAUCCCAUCUGCCCUCAUCAGCAAGGAUCUUGGGGACAAAAUUAAAAGUGAAUUAUCUAAAGGGGAGAUGGUAAGUCUAAAACUUGAUUGGAGGGAAGCUCUCCCACAUCCUGAUGAUCGGGUUGAGUAUGAGCUCUGGACAAACAGUAAUGAUGAGUGUGGGGCCAAGUGUGAAAGCCAGUUGAGCUUUGUCAAAGAUUUCAAAGGAGUUGCCCAGAUACUUGAGCAGGAUGGUUACACUCAGUUUACUCCACGCUACAUUACUUGGUAUUGUCCCGAUGCUUUCAAAUUGAGCAAACAAUGCAAGUCACAGUGCAUCAACCAUGGUAGAUACUGUGCACCAGAUCCUGAACAGGAUUUUAGCAGAGGAUAUGAUGGGAAGGAUGUAGUUGUACAAAACCUACGCCAAGCGUGUUUUUUUAAGGUUGCAAACGAGAGUGGAAAGCCAUGGAAAUGGUGGGACUAUGUGACAGAUUUCUCUAUUCGCUGCCCAAUGAAAGAGAAGAAGUAUACGAAAGAGUGUGCAGAUCAAGUGAUUCAGUCACUCGGAAUGGAUGUUAAGAAGAUAGACAAAUGCAUUGGAGACACUGAGGCUGAUGUUGAUAACCAGAUUCUAAAAGCCGAACAGGAGGCACAGAUAGGCAAGGGUUCACGAGGAGAUGUAACUAUCUUGCCAACUCUUGUUGUGAACAACAGACAGUACAGAGGGAAACUUGAAAAGGAAGCAGUGCUCAAGGCCAUUUGUUCUGGUUUUGAGGAGACCACAGAACCUGCUAUUUGUUUGGCUAGAGAUAUGCAAACAGACGAGUGUUUGGAAAACAAUGGUGGAUGCUGGCAUGAUAAAAUUUCUAACCUUACUGCUUGCAGGGAUACCUUUCGAGGGAGAGUAUGCCAGUGCCCCAUUGUUCAGGGUGUGAAAUUUUUUGGUGAUGGCUACACCCAUUGUGAAGCUUCUGGUGCGUUAAGAUGUUCAGUAAGUAGUGGAGGCUGUUGGAGGGGAACACAAAAUGGAAGGACAUAUUCUGCAUGCAUUGAUGACCAGACAAAAGGUUGCAAGUGUCCGUCUGGGUUCAGGGGAGAUGGAGUUAAGAGCUGUGAAGAUAUUAAUGAAUGCAAGGAAAGGCUAGCUUGCCAAUGUCCAGGGUGCAUAUGCAAGAAUACCUGGGGAAGUUAUGAAUGCAGUUGUAAUAGCAAUUUACUGUACAUACAGGAGCAUGACACCUGUAUAAGUAAAGAUGCUACUACAAAAUAUAGCUGGGGCUUUGUAUGGGUGAUAAUUCUCGGUUUGGCUGUGGCGGGGGUUGCAGGAUAUGGUAUCUACAAGUAUAGAAUCCGGAGAUACAUGGACUCCGAAAUUCGGGCUAUUAUGGCACAGUACAUGCCCCUGGAUAGUCAAGGAGAGGUGGCUGAUCAGGCUGGUGAAGAGCGUGCAUUGCCGGGCCAUGUUUAAGGAUGGCUGUCACAGCGGCUCUGUUGGUUGUGUGUGAUAAUUAGGUCUUGUGUGCAUGUAACCUUAUGUAUGUUUGUUGUUUUUAAAUGUUGAUCUGUGUCUAUAAAUCGAUGUCCACACGGAGUCUAGCUGCGCAAUAAAACACCCAUUGUUUCUGGGAAAAUUUUCAGCA